CCCUGAUUCGCUGGCCUGUCUUCGGUCUUCACGAAUUAUUUCAUUCCUAAUGUCAAAAGAAUAAUAAUCCGGCAGUUUUCAAGUUGCGGCGGCACAAACAUUGGUGUUUGUGAGAAUCAGUGAGUGGGGCACUCGAAUCUAGGCUUCAUUUCAGCUCCUCCAAUUUGGAUCCUAUAGCUUCAUUCUUCUCCCCCCAUACAGGUAGUAGAAGAGUACAACUGUGACACCAUCAUUAUCUCAGAACUUGUAUGUAAAUUUGUGGCAGGAACGUGCACAGAUUAGUAAGACUGCUAUGUGCUAUUAUUUUUACUGAGAUUGGGAUUGGAACACUUGUGUAGGCUUCGUGAUUCUCCUUCUGUUCUGCUAUCUCAUCCCCUUUAAUGCCUGAUUUGACUCGUAAUAUGUAAUCAAACUUGUUGGACUCUCGCUACUUGUAAACAUAGUUUGUUCUGCUUUCAUGCCUGCAAUUCUGGAUUUUUCUUGAGGGGCUUUGCUUCAUUUGACUUUAUGUUAUACAAGGGCCUUGAGCUCAUCCACUAUCCCUUUUAAACCUGUACCCAUUUGGGUUACAGAUUCAAUUCUGUUCCACCACCUUUGUUGUUUCAUUUUGCAAGUCUUAUUUCAUUUAUUGUACUUGCCUGUCAAUGCUGCUAAAUUAUGUUGUCGUUGUCCCUUUGGUAAAAGUCUUUCACAUUGCGGCCUGCUAAUUCUUAUUCUCAUUGCAUGGGUUUCCUUCUGAGAUUCAUUCGCCACAACUCGUUUUUGGUCUUUCAUUUUGUUUCCUCCAUUCGAUAUGUGCAUACUUCUUCCCAGGAAUUCUUUUGGCCUCUAUGCCUUCUUCACAGUUGCCUCACAAGCUUGUUUACUUAGUUUCAUAAGAUGCCACGGGGAAAGGCAAAUUCUUCAUCAGUUGCUAAGCCAUCCGAGCCUGAAAAUCCAGCUGAAUCUGAUGAAAAGAUCGAUUUUGAUGAUGCAAAUGAUGCUGAGGAAACAAUGGAAGAAGAAAUUGAAUAUGAAGAAGUAGAAGAAGAAGAGGAAGUGGAAGAAAUAGAAGAGGUGGAAGAAGAGGAAGAGGAUCCGGAGGAGGUUGAGGUGGUGGAGGAGGAAGAGGAGGAAGAGGAUCCGGAGGAGGUUGAGGUGGUGGAGGAGGAAGAGGAGGAAGAGGAUCCGGAGGAGGUGGAAGAGGUUGAAGAAAUGGAAGAAGAUAAUAGCAUGCAAAACAGUAGCAAGGCAGAAGAUAAGGAUGAGAAGAAAAAGCAUGCUGAUCUUCUAUCUCUUCCUCCUCAUGGGUCUGAAGUAUAUAUUGGUGAUAUUCCACUUGAUGCCUCGACUGAGGAUUUGAAAGCAUUUUGUGAGUCUAUUGGGGAAGUUGCAGAGGUUCGUGUAAUGAAAGGAAAAGAUUCUUCUGAGAAUAAGGGAUUUGGUUUUGUGACAUUUAAAAGUGUGGAAUUGGCUUCUAAAACCAUCAAGGAGCUGAACAGUAAAGCAUUUAAGGGUAGAAAAAUAAAAUGUUCAACAGCUCAAGCAAAACACCGUCUUUUUAUUGGCAAUGUUCCCAGAAACUGGGGUGAUGAAGAUCUCAGGAAGGUUGUAUCUGAUGUUGCACCUGGAGUUACUGGUUUAGAACUAGUCAAGGAUAUGAAGAACACUAAAAAUAACCGUGGAUUUGCUUUUAUUGACUAUUAUAAUCAUGCAUGUGCUGAAUAUUCAAGGCAAAAGAUGAUGAGCUCAACAUUUAAGCUAGGUGACAAUGCUCCAACGGUGAGCUGGGCUCACCCUAAAAAUGCUGAUUCCUCUGCUUCAUCUCAGGUGAGGGCAGUAUAUGUGAAGAACUUGCCUAGGAAUGUAACUCAGGAGCAGAUGAAGAAGCUUUUUGAACACCAUGGGAAGAUCACAAAGGUGGUUCUUCCACCACCAAAGUCUGGGCAGGAAAAGAAUAGAAUAGGUUUUGUACAUUUUGCAGAGAGGUCAAGUGCUAUGAAAGCACUAAAAAACACUGAAAGAUAUGAAUUAGAAGGUCAAAUUUUGAACUGCUCUCUAGCAAAGCCACAGGCUGAUCAAAAGUCUGGAGGAUCAAACUUGCAGAAGCCAGGAUUGCUUCCAAGCUAUUCCCCACAUAUUGGUUACGGUUUGGUUGGUGCCCUUGGCGCGGGAUAUGGUUCCCCAGGUUUUGCACAGAUGCCCUCAAUGUAUGGAAGGGGUGCUCCUGCUGAAAUUUCCAUGAUGCCUAUGCUUCUGGCCGACGGUCGGAUUGGAUAUGUCUUGCAACAACCAGGUCAGGGAGUGCACUCACGAACACCACCCUUCUUUCAGAGAGGUGGCUGGGGUGGUGGUGGUGGGAGUAGCAGCAGGAAUGCUAGCAGUUCAAGUAAAGGAAGGCACAAUAAUAAUAGUAGCCAGGGGCAUAGAUACCGCCCAUAUUAGUUGGUCUUUUAAAUGUGUAUUCUCCUUCGUACCUUAAGAAUUUCGUUCAAAUUUAGUGAAGUUUGUUAAGCAAUUUUUUUAUAAUUGAAUAGUUUAUCCUGUA